AUGCAAUUUUGUGAAAAUGGUGCAUUGUUUCGUUCAAAUAUGGUUAAUGUUAAUUUAUUUAGUUUCACUAGUGUUAUUUCUAGUAAAUCUUCGAACAUUUCUGUCUUAGCAAGCUUUUGUUAUUAUAGACUUUUUAUAAAAGUGAAUAAUUCUGUCACUGAAAUCUCCGCACUUAGCAGUCUUCCAAACAAAGAAUCUCUAUCUUAUGUAUCAUUUGAAAAUCAACAUACACUAGAUGAACAUGGUCAUUUACACUUUAUCAAUGAUGGUGAUAAUAAUAAUAAUAUUAUUAUUAUUAAUAAGGAUAAUAAAGAUAAUAAUCUACUUACAUCAAAUGUGAAAACUUCACAUUUACAUGCAUUAUCAACAUCACCCGGUGGUUUUACUGGUUGGACUGCACGACUUGGUUUAACUGCAUCUAUGUUGCGUACCAGUUUAUUGGGUUGUAGUCUAGUCUUAUUAUUGACUUGUUUAGGAAUGAUUUGUUUACAGUCCAGAUCAUCAAAUUCCACUAAACGUGAACCAAUCAUACGUGUUCUACCAUUAACUAUAGAUCUUGUAAAUAAUAAUGUUGUUACAACAACAACAGCAACAACGGAUUUCAUUAAUUCCAAUUCAAAUCAACAAGAAGAUGAUUGUCUAUCAUCACCAGAAUGGACUGUUGCAUGUGGACAAGUCUAUGAAAAAAAUACCAAUGGAGAGAUUUGUUCACGUAGUCUAUUAGCAGUUACAUCAGUUCGUUCCUAUAUUCAAAUGAAAUCAUAUCAUUCGAAAAUUAUUCAUUUAUGGUGUGUUGAUUCUGGAAAUCUUUUAUUUGAUUUAAAAAGAUAUUCAGAAGAAGCAAAUAUGAAGAGAAAAAGCUUACCGUCAUCUGUUGUAUGUCGUAAAUUUUCUACUAUCUGGUGUAUGGAUUUUUUACCACAAGGACUUUUGGUUGUUGGAUGCAGUGAUGGAACUAUUGAAAUUUGGAAUUGUGAAUCUGGACAAUUGUUAGAUAUUCUAUGCUUAAAGACUAUCAAAAAUGACUGUUCAUUGCCAAAAAAUGCAACACAAAAUUCAUCUACAAUUUCAUAUUCAAAAAAAUCUCCUGGUGGCAUAACAUUAAUGAAAAUAAUUGAUGAAUCAAGGUUUUGUAUUGGAACUAGUCAUGGUGUUGUAGCAUAUUUCAAUGUAAUUUAUACUAAAAGCAAUUUAUUACAAAAAUUUUCAUUAAUUCGUCAAUGGCACUCACAUUCACGUGCAAUCAGUCAAUUAGAUUAUUUGAAAUAUUUCAAUAAAAAUCCAAUAGAUAAUCCGAAUGAUUUACUGACAAAUAUUAAUGCCAAUCAUAUUGAUGUAAUUAUAAUCAGUGGAUCAGAAGAUGGUUGUAUUAAUUUCUUCUCUUCUGAAUUCGAUUCCCCAUUGUUUCAUUGUGCUAUUGAUACUACACCUGUCCUUUGUAUGAAUUUAAAUCGUUUUGCUCUGGGUGUCAGUCAUGCAUCUGGAUCAUUAUAUGUUUGCUGUUUAGAAUUACUACACAAAACAACUACCGGCCAAACUGUCAAUGUCAAAGUUGAAAAUCAAAUAGAAUCAAUUGAGAUACGUUUAACUGAUCUCAGUUUAUUGAACAAUAGUUUUGGAAUUUCUUCUACAAUCCAACAGUUCGCUGCAUCAUCAUCAUCAUCAUUAACAUCAGGGACAACAGGCCAAAAUAAAAAAUUAUCCUCACGCAACCGUCUUGGAUCUAUAAAUCUACAAUUGUUUAUGAAAAGUGAUAGAUAUUCGGAAAGAACACAGAAAAAUUACAAUUCAUUACCAUCAGCCUUGGCCAAUUAUCGUCUAGUGACAUACGAUAUGGAUGGUAGUGUAGUGAUAUGGGAUUUACAACACAAAUGUAUAAUACGAUCUUUUAAAGCUAAUUUAUCAACAUUUAAUAUGUCCAAUUUAUUAUUAUCCGUCGAUGGACGCGUGAUUUUCGGUGAUCAGAGUUAUCUACGCGUUGUAAAUCCAUGGACUGCUAAAUAUGAACGUUCCGUUCAACUAUUACCACCUUCAUCUGUAAAUAUACGAAAUUCACAUAAUACAUCCAAUUCAGCACAUCUUUCCACUUUAUUACGUCAAUGGAUUAGAGAAUUAGUUCCACUUGGUAUUACUAAUGGUGAUUAUGAAUCAUGCAAAUCAUCAGAAUUAUACUUAAUCACUCCUACUAAUUGUCAUGCUGAACAACAACAACAACAACAACAAGAUAAAUUAUCUCCAAUUAUUAUUAAUAUGAAAUUACCAUUGAGAACAACUACUACUACUACUAGUGCAGCAUCCUAUGUGAUCAGUAUUGCUAAUGGUGGACAAACAUUAGUUGUAGUCCCAGUGUCUACAAUUAAAUUUGAUUAAAAUUCUAAUCUUUGUUUUAUAUAUCAGUCUUUUUUUUCAAUUUUUUAUAUAUUACUCUUCAAAGAUGUAAAUUCUUUAUUUAUUAUAAUAUGAAUUUCAAACAAUUAUUAUUAUGAUAUUGUUAUAAAAAAAUAUAUUAAAGUGUUGCUUCAUCGGUUUACG